CAGGCCGCCAGCCUCCCACACAACAACCCCAUUGAAGCCAAAGGGCAACGUGGCAGGGCCAGCUGGCUGACAUGCAAGAGGUGACACUGAGCCUGUUCAUCCUCCUGGCAGGCCUGCCUGCCUUGGACGCCAAUGACCCAGAAGAUAAAAACAGUCCUUUCUACUACGACUGGCGCAGACUCCGGAUCGGUGGGCUCAUCUGCGCCGCGGUUCUGUGCACCAUCGGCAUCAUCGUCCUCAUGAGUGAGUGGACACUGGUGGCUGAGCUGGUAGGGCAGGGCUGUGGGUCCCCUUCCCCAACCAUCCCCUUUCCCCUGACAGGUGGGAAAUGCAAAUGCAAGUUCAGCCAGAAGCCCAGCCACCAUCCAGGGGACGCCCCACCUCUCAUCACUCCAGGCUCUGCCCAGAACUGUUGAGGAUGGAUCAGCCGAAAGGACACAGAGGUCCCUUCUCUUCCUCCAAUUCCUGGCUCUGCACAGGAAUCCGGAUUCCAGGAUGGAAUUCUCCCUCCUCCCCUCAGAGCACCUUGCCA